AUUCUCCGAGACAAUGUGUACAGAUGAAGGGUCCGCCGUCCAGCCUCUCGUUAAUGAUUGAUAAGUAGUGGGGCCCAAUGACCUCUUAAGAAACUCAUACUGGGAAUCAUCAUUUGCUAGGAGGACUUGACUGACAUCCGUAAUUUUCUACAGGUUCAUAAGAGCAUGUUUGAUAGAUUUCCGCGGUGCCUAAUAAACUGCCGAGGCUUUAGGCCUGGCGGCCAAUACAGCGUCAGAGGGGAGGAAUUAACGGCCGCGGCCACCAAUAGCUGACGGGCUGGUGAGCGAGCGCGGCCAACAGUGUCGGGAGGCGGGGUUUGUCGGGUACCGUUGCCGUCUGGCGCAGGAGGUAACGGGUGAGAGGAGCGGGGCUGUCGUGCGCCUUCGACGCUGUCGCCAUCAUGAGCUAUUCAGGUUAUGGAAACUGGAACUCUGGCACAAACAGAGGUUAUGAAGACUAUAGUUAUGGAUAUGGAUACAGUCAGGAUAACUCUGGCAAUUAUGGGUAUGGUAUGGCCACUUCAAACUCUUGGGAAAUGCCUAGUUCAGAUACAGACAUGAACCUUAACGCUUCUACUGGUACCAGUGCUGAUGAUGUAAUAGCAAAAUUUAACCAGCGCUUAGAUAUGGUGUCUCAUCUAGAAACUGACAUGAUGCAAGGAGGACAUUAUGGCUCAGGUGGAGACAGGUAUGAUACAUAUGAGUCCUACGACUCAAGGCCUUCACUGAACGACCGUGAUCUGUACAGAUCCGGCUACGAUUACAGUGAGGCUGAACAUGACACCGACAAUGCCUAUGAAGGCCACUAUGACAACUCCUAUGGGAACCGCAGGGACCAGUACCACAACAGAGCACGUGACAACUUUGGCCAUCGGGGUCAAAACUGGCCCAGAGACGGGCGAAAUAACAGAUCCAUGGCAGCUCCAUAUUCUGGGCGCAUGGGUGGACAAUGGAAUGACCCCCCAGCACCAAUGGGAGGGCGGGGCCAUGGCCCCAAUAGGCCCCCAUCCCUUUUCUCCCACAAACUUUUCCCUGAAUACAAUAUGUUCCAGGGAAUGCGAGGUUUCUCUGGCAACAUGCGCUUUGGAGGAGGCGGCAUGAAACAACGCAUGAGGAGAAACUGGAAAAUGUGGGAUGCAGAUUUUAAAAAAAAAAGAAUAAAGACUGAGCCGGCGUCUAAUAAACGGAAACAAGCUAACAGUUCUGAUGAGCCUGACAGCAAAGCUGCAAAAACCGAUGGCUCUGACAAUUCAGACUCUGAUAAUGAGGAGGGACCUGAAGGAGAAGCUGCUGAGAAAGGUUCUAAAGCUGAAGGAGAGGGAGAAGGUGGUGAAGAUGAAGAAAGAAAAGGAGAUUCUGAGAAAGGAGCACUGACUAUUCAGGAAGAAAUCAGUCAAAUCAAGCGGAAAUUGCAAGCUGGCAAGAAAACUCAGGAGAGGCAGAAAAAGAGGUACCGUGAUCGCAUGGUAGAAAGCAGGAUUCAGUUUGUGUGCUCGUUGUGCAAAUAUCGUACGUUCUAUGAGGAUGAGAUGACCAAUCAUUUGGAGAGCAAGUUUCACAAGGAACACUUUAAAUUUGUUGGAACCAAGUUGCCCCAGCAGACAGCUGACUUCCUCCAGGAAUAUGUAGCAAACAAAACAAAAAAAACAGAAGAACGCCGUAAAGCAAUUGAAGAUAUUAAUGCAGUCAUACAACAGAUCUACAAAGACCAAGAUCUUACCCAGGAUAUAGGUAUGGAGCACUUCGUCAAAAAAGUGGAGGCUGCUCACUGUGCUGCAUGUGACCUCUUCAUCCCAAUGCAGUAUGGAAUUAUCCAGAAACAUCUGAAGUCUCCUGACCAUAACCACAACCGCAGAGCUAUGAUGGAACAGUCCAAGAAAUCAUCAUUAGUAGUUGCAAGAAGUAUUCUUAACAAUAAGCUUAUCAGCAAGAAACUGGAGCGGUAUCUCAAGGGGGAGAAUCCUUUCACAGAUGACCCUGAAGAGAAAGAGGAACAUGAGGAAGGUGAGGCAGGAACUAGUGGGAACAUAGAGGAAGGAGUGCCUGAAGGUGAAGGAAGCAAGGAUGAUGAGGAAACCAAAGGUGGAGACAAUCUGGAUGAAGAAAACCCAGUUGAAGAAAGUGGCACAGAAAAUAAGGGUGAAGAAGAGGAAGGGGAAGGGGAAGGGAAAGAACCAGGACAGGGGGAGGACUGGAACUUGAACACGUCCCAGGAAUCCUUUGCUGCUGAGCAGGAGCAGGAAUCUGAGGAAGAAAGAAAAGGAAUUAUACCUUCAGAGGAGCUGGAACCACCUGAUGAGUGAACUUCCAAAGAAGGUUGACCCAUCUGGAGACUCUGCAUUUAAAACUUUUAAAAACCAUAACUGUAUUUGUGACACUACAUGGCACGCGGCUUUUGGUUUUCAUUGACUACAUCUUCACCUAGUUACAGCACUUAAAAGCCUUUAUCUGUAAAGUGUUUUGGAAAUAGCUUUUUUAAUCAAAUCUUCAUUGUAUUAGCUAGGUUUUGUGCAGUACAAUUUCUAGAUGGCUUUGUACUAGGAAAAUACCCCCCCCUUUGAGUAAAUACUCAAAACCAAAUUGUGUUAAUCUGCUUGUUCCAUGCUACAACCUUGGGAAGUAAGUAUCCUCUAACCCCCAGCCCAGAUUUUGUAUAUAGUUGAAAACGUUCUUGUUCCCUGUACCUUUUUUGCCUAGAAAUGUCAGAAGCGGAAUUCUGAGUUUUAAAUUCUGCACAAUUGGAGUAACUUCCAUGCAACUGUAGCAUUCUUCUCUUCUACCUUUUUACUUUUAGUAUACAACAGAAAUACCUGGGGUCAGCACAGUAGUUCUGCAGUGCUUUUUGUUUAAGAGUGAAUACUUCUAGUGGAUAGAGAGAAAGCACUAUUCCAGGACUACUUACGUAUGUGGGGUUCUGAAAGCAGCAGCAAGGUGUUGGAUGUGUAGGAGGGAGCUCUGCAGCCUGGUACGCUCUUAAAAGGCAUUGCUCCUUUUUAAGUUUGACCUGACUUUGUUCAGGGGAACAAAGGUUGCUAUACUGUAAAUGAAGGCUAUGGUGGUCUAUACGAAAUCUAUUGAUGAAGAGUGUUGCAGAAACAUUAAAUAUUCCCUUACCAACGGA